AUGUCGUUUGAGAAGGCGGACAAUUUUGACUUUGGCGAUUCUCAUGAGGAUUUUGAUGCGAUUUACGAUAAUGCAGAAGAACAUGAUGUCGGUAAUGUUCAGCAGGAGCAUGGCUCAGUCCUAGUGCAUCUUCUCAGUCAAGUUAGUAUUGGUAUGGAUCUCACGAAGGUCACCCUACCGACCUUCAUCCUGGAACGCCGUUCGUUGUUGGAAAUGUACGCGGAUUUCUUCGCGCACCCUGAUGCGUUCGUGGCCACAGUAGAUCUGGAAACGCCACAGGAGAGAUUUAUAUCAGUGGUGAAGUACUAUUUGAACGCCUUUUAUGCUGCACGAAAGAGUGGCGUUGCGAAGAAACCGUACAAUCCUAUUCUUGGUGAAACGUUUCGUUGUCGCUACAAUCUACCAGACGCUUCGCCAAGCGGUGAGAAGACAGACAGUGGUCCGUUUCCUGGCUCUGAUCUGAACCAGCUGACGUUCAUCGCCGAACAGGUAAGCCAUCAUCCUCCUGUAUCCGCAUUCUAUGCUGAACACCCUGCAAAACGGAUAUCAUUCAAUGCUCACAUCUACACGAAGUCUUCUUUCUUAGGACUAUCGAUUGGUGUUGCCAAUAUCGGAAGCGGUACAGUAAUAUUGCACGACUUUGACGAACGCUAUACUGUAACGUUCCCGAGUGGCUAUGGCCGUUCAAUCAUGAGCACUCCGUGGGUAGAACUCGGUGGUAAAGUGAAGAUUGUGUGCGAAAAAACGGGCUUUUAUGCUGAUAUUGAUUUCUUGACGAAGCCGUUCUUUGGAGGAAAACCGCAUAGGAUUCAGGGAAAUCUAUAUAGGGAAGGUUCGAAGAAGCCAUUCAUGACCAUUAGAGGAGAGUGGAAUAACGUGAUGAUGGCCAAGCCGGCUUGGGGUGAUGAGUAUCUCUUCAUCGACGUGAAAGCACAUCCGGAAAUGAAAAAGGAGUGCGUUCCGGUCAUGCAGCAAGGAGAACGUGAAAGUCGACGGUUAUGGCGUCAUGUAACGGCUGCAUUGCUUCGAAAUCGUAUCAAUAUCGCAACAACUGCGAAGCGAAUGAUCGAACAACGACAACGAGCUGAGGCGAAAAUGCGUCAGGAGAAAGGUGAACGCUGGAAGACACGCUACUUCACCUUAAGCGCUGACGAUAAAUGGAUUUACAAUGAACCGUUAGAAAAACGGUUGUAA